AGGGAGGGAGCGAGUAAGCCCGGAACCGAAGCUUGCGAAGCGGGUCGCAGAGAGAGAUGGGGGUUGCAGAAUCAUCUAGGGUCACUUAUUUCCGGUCUCACUCCAGAUGGAAGGAGCCACUGGCCGGCAAGAGUUCACCAAGGGAACGUGACACUCGUAUCUCAUCGAGGGACCGUGUUGAGGGAGCCCCUACAGAAAGGCCAAAAGAGGAGAGGGCCUACGGAGAAAUGAACCCCUGUGAAAGCUGCUCUUUAGGGAUCAGUCUCUUUGUGACUCUAGUUUCACAGCUUGGUCUCUCCAUUACUCCAGCCUUCCUUUCAAUCAUACACUGCCUCUCUCCAGCACCACCAAUGGAUACUUCUUUUCUAAAAAUGUUUUUCUGUGGGUUGCUGCCGUGUCUGUGAGAAGGUGGGCAGAGGGUUUGAGAAAGGAAGGAUCUGGGAUCAGAGUACCAGAGUUGGGGAGACAGGGCAGAAGCCCAGCUUUUUCUGCAUUUUCCACUACUUUCCACUUCCUGCGCGCUCCUUGGGAAGGCGAGCAGCGUGGAAGGAGGAGCCCUAUUUUCGCAGAAAACAGAAACAAGGGAGAAAGGGUUCAGAAUGGAGAUGAAGUCUAGGAGUUAGUCAAGAAGAAUAUCCCAGAUGUAAGAGAAAAUGACCUGUAAACUGGGAGGCUGUAGGUGUAGCGGCAAGCGCCCAGUCUUUGCCAUAGAACAGAAAUAUAGCUGUGAAACUUUGGAGAACUUGCUUAAACUCAUGAAGUCUGUUUUCUCAUCUGUAACAAGAAGAUGAUAGUUCCUAUCUUACAGAGUUGUGAGGAUUGAAAAUAGUGUAUGUAAAGCACAUGGCACAUAGUUGACACGUGUCCAAGAAAUAACUAGUAAAAAUGGGUAGCUUCCCGCAAUCUUUCUCUCUCUCCCAUACCUGGGAACAUUAUUUUCAGUGUCUUGCAUCUGGGGGGCCUCCAGCCUCCAAAUUAGCUCAGGACCCUGAGUGAACUUUUUAAAACCUUGGGAUUUUUCUUCUUCUCCCACUUUCCUUGGUGCCUUCCAGCUGGACACAAACUCAUUCCUAAAAUAUGUGGAUGGAAGCUAUGGUAACCAUGGAGACAGGGCAGGUGGCAAGGAGAGGCAGAGACAGUGUGAGAGACCAAUAGACAGAUAGGAAGAGAGAAGCUAUAAGGAGCAUUUCAGACAGAGAUCUUCAAGCAAGAUGGAAAAAAUAAGACGACUAAGCAAGACUGAGAUUAAAGAGGUGCAAUGUGACAGAGUGUAUUACCAGGUUCGCUCUUCUUCCUGCCCCUUUCCUAUCUCCCUGCCCACAAUAAUACGGGGUGGAGGCACCUGGGAAUGUCCCUUGCCCUGUCUAAAAGUGCCCCCAUAUCCACCUUCCUCAUAUUUAUCUAGGUCUAUAUAAGGGAGCUGAGGUCCAAGUUUCUCUGCGAUGGGUGUUCCGUUUUUGAGAGAUGGGGCGGGGGUGUAUCUGUGUCUGACUCCAGGCUAGACCGUGUCUCCUUCACAAUUAAACUACAGGAAGAAAGCCACAUCUCUUGCUUCUCUUUGCACAGUAUGGACACCGGCUGUGGAUCCAAAAAGCCUGUCUACACCUUUCUUGCACAGUGUGCCAUGUGCCGUGCGUGGUAGGUCAGGUCUGGCGCACAGGAGCGCAUAAACACACCAAGUGCAGAGAAUGGGGAUCUGCUGAAGCUCAGCGAAGAAUCUGGAUGAUGAUGGUCCCUGUCUGGGUCGCGGAGGAGUCCCCUAAGGAACACUUAGCUUCUCUCCUCCCGAGCCGGCGCUGUGCCCGGGGCGCUCCGGGAGGAGGGACGACGAUCCGGCGCUGGGGCGCAGAUACUGACACCAAGGGAAUCCGGGUGCCCCCCCUCCACACCAUGCGGGCCCCCAGGAACCUGGCUCCGCCACCUCGGCUGCCCCGUGGCCACGGCCCCAAUCUUGGCCAGGAGGAGAUUCUGCGGACAUUCAGGGAUCGGCUUCGUCACUGAGACCUCAGGCCUCUGCCAGCCACCCCCCACCCCCUACCCCCUACCCCUAGCCGUCCUCGGCAGGUCUCAGUCCCGGCUCCAUCUGUGCCCUCACCCCAGCCGCAGCUAUGUUGCACACCGAGGGCCACGCUCUUCUUCGGGCAGUGGGUCAGGGUAAGCUACGCUUGGCGCGUUUGCUUCUGGAGGGAGGCGCCUACGUGAAUGAGGGUGAUGCGCAGGGGGAGACUGCGCUAAUGGCAGCCUGUCGGGCUCGCUACGACGACCCCCAGAACAAGGCACGCAUGGUACGCUACCUCCUGGAGCAAGGCGCGGACCCCAACAUCGCAGACCGCUUAGGGCGCACGGCGCUCAUGCACGCUUGCGCCGGGGGUGGGGGCGCCGCGGUGGCCUCGCUGCUCCUUGCCCACGGCGCAGACCCCUCAGUCCGAGAUCACGCGGGCGCCUCGGCUCUUGUCCACGCUCUGGACCGCGGGGACCGCGAGACCCUUGCCACACUGCUGGACGCCUGCAAGGCCAAGGGCACGGAGGUCAUCAUCAUCACCACCGAUACCUCGCCCUCGGGCACCAAGAAGACCCGGCAGUAUCUCAAUUCUCCACCAUCCCCAGGGGUGGAGGACCCUGCUCCCGCUCCUCCUAGCCCGGGGAUCUGCACGUCGCCUUCGGAAAUCCAACUGCAGACCGCAGGAGGAGGAGGGCGUGGGAUGUUAUCCCCUCGCGCCCAGGAAGAAGAGGAGAAGCGGGACGUAUUUGAAUUUCCUCUUCCUAAGCCCCCCGAUGACCCAUCCCCUUCCGAGCCGCUCCCCAAACCACCACGCCACCCCCCCAAACCACUCAAAAGGCUCAACUCCGAGCCCUGGGGCCUAGUGGCCCCUCCUCAACCAGUCCCACCCACCGAAGGAAGACCGGGGAUCGAGCGCUUGACUGCCGAAUUCAAUGGCCUGACCCUGACCGGUCGACCCCGUCUUUCCCGACGUCACAGCACCGAAGGCCCUGAGGACCCGCCCCCAUGGGCGGAGAAAGUGACUAGCGGGGGUCCUCUCUCUCGCCGAAACACAGCACCAGAAGCUCAGGAGUCUGGUCCCCCUUCAGGGCUGAGGCAGAAACUGAGCCGCAUGGAGCCAGUGGAGCUCGACACCCCCGGACACCUUUGCCCUGACUCGCCUGAGUCCAGCCGCCUGUCCCUGGAGCGCCGCCGAUACAGCGCCUCCCCGUUGACCCUCCCUCCAGCCGGCUCCGCUCCCUCUCCGCGCCAGUCCCAGGAGAGUCUGCCAGGGGCAGUAUCUCCGCUAAGCGGACGAAGGCGGAGUCCGGGGCUGCUGGAGCGGAGGGGCUCGGGGACGUUGCUCCUGGACCACAUCUCGCAAACGCGGCCGGGUUUCCUGCCCCCUCUCAACGUCAGUCCCCACCCUCCCAUCCCUGACAUUCGCCCUCAACCCGGAGGUCGGGCACCUUCGUUGCCUGCCCCUCCUUAUGCCGGGGCGCCAGGCUCCCCCAGGACCAAGCGCAAAUUGGUGAGACGCCACUCCAUGCAGACUGAGCAGAUCCGCUUGUUAGGGGGCUUCCAGAGUCUAGGUGGGCCUGGGGAGCCAGGGCGCUGAGAGAAGUGAGAGGAGCCAAGGAGGGUGGGGAUUAGGACCCUAAUGGGAUAGGUGGGAGAACCAGCUCACACACACACCACGAACAUAGGGAUCUCUUGCAUGUGCUCAUGGGUGCACAGUGCACCCACACAUGGUUAAACAUGUGUCCAUAAGCACAGUACUCUUAUUAACAAGAAAGAAUAAGUACUCUAUUUACUGGGUAUAUAGACACAUGUAUUCAUGCCCUGGUCAUUUCACGUGCAUAUGGGAUUACUUGUGUACCUGCGGGCACAGCACAUCAAUAAACAGGGCUAGGGUCCCAAACUCUCUUGCAUUUGUUCAGAAGCAGAAGCAGUAGGGAACCCUUACUUAUGGGCAGUCUCCCAUGUCUUUGCCCUCCUGCAGAAGCAAUCCCUUGCUUUCCAUGUAUGCCCUGCAACACAGCCUAUCAUGAUUUUGCAUACUCUACUCUCUCCAUGAACAUCCCAGCCCAUUCUCCAGGUCUUGCUUCUUUCUCCAGGCCUGGCUCCUUAUUCACACCCCGCUUCCAACCCCAACCACUUUUCAGGAUAUCUUUUUCACUCUUCUUGGGGGUUCCUGCAGCAACCCCCAGCCUAUGUUCUGCUGCUGUCUUUACUGCUCUCAACUUCACUUCUCAACUUCCUGCUUUUUAUUCCCACCCUGUUCCUCCAACAACUACAACAGAUUGUCUCAUUUUCCCAGGGGGUGGGUCAUGGGCUCUAAACUGCUCUUCUGUCUGUCUGAGCUUAUGAACACCCCCACGGGUAGAAGUGGGGAGAAACCCUAAAUCACUCCUCUCUCCACUUGACAUAUCAAAUAAAUGUGUUCAGAAGUC